AUGGCAACGUUACAAAAAAUACAGGCCGGUAAUCGUGCUGCAACGGCCCACAAACCCGAAACCCAAUUCCACGUGAAUUAUCAAGGGGAGGUUGACAAGACCGUUGACCCUUUAAUUGUGGUGUCUCAGCUUGUGGACCCUGACCCGAAUAAGCCUGCCUUCCUGACCGGUUUGCGGUUACCAACCAUAGAUGAUUUAGGGCUGCGUGUUCCUCACAGUGUUUGCAAAUUUUUCGAGCCGUUCCACGAGUCGAAUGAACAAGCCAACUUAACGCCGCGAUAUUCCUUUGUUGACUUACACGUUGACUACGGAGCAGACGGACUUUCCGUUCCAAUUGGAGAUUGUCGCAAAAUAUGGUUGCUUUAUCCUCCCACUAUCCAUAACUUGAUGGCUAUGAAGGCCGUUGAUGGCCAGCGUGGACGAUUGGUCCGACUUGUGCAGCAGCUGGAAGGUUGCGUGGUCGUGGAAACAAAUUCAUCGCAUGCAAUACACAUUCCCGCAGCAUCUCUCCAUGCAUGA